CUAUCUUAAGAGACUCUACAUACACAAAUGUGACGAAUUCUGCCAUCUGUGAUGACUGUGUUGAGUUGUCAAUCUUUAGUUUCAUUUACUAUACCGUGUUAUUAGAGUUAUCCAUAUAAGCAUUAGUGUCAUUUGCGUAUUCGAGGAAAGCUUGAUUAUACUAUUUUCAUUAUUUGAAGUGUAUAAAAAAAUUAAAUUAAUAACUUUUGCCUUCAAAGUGAUUCAAAAUCUGAAUAGAAUUAUUGUAUUGGAAUACUUAGUUCUCAAAAAGGCUGUAAAACCAGAUAAAUAUGUGUAAAUAGUGAAUGACGAUAAAUCAGAGUGUGUUACCCUUACUUUAAUUUCGUGUUCAUUUACUCUUAUCUCAUUAGAAAAAAAUCAGUUUUUUGUGGAAUCUAAUGAAAUUGAAUUGACCAUUAUAGAAUAAUAUCACUCACAUUUGACAUUAGAUUCAUGUAAUAAUUAGUUCUGGUAUUCUGAAAAUAUUAUAAUAGUGUUAAAUACUGUUUUUGGUAUGAAAAAGAGCUUUCUAAAAAUAUUUAUUGCUAAAACACUAAUUUAAUCGAACAUUAAUUUUUGAGGAAGAAAAUUUUAUUCACAAAAAAUUAUUAUUAACAUUAACCAAGAUGUAUUCAGAUGGCCAUGAAGUUGAUGGAAGUUGGGUCUUACGAGUUUAUAUUACCGAUCUUCAAGUUGAAAGAAAUCUUCGAGUUAAAGGAGAACUCCACAUAGGAGGAGUUAUGCUACGUCUUGUAGAAGAUCUUGAUAUUGCGAUGGAUUGGUCAGAUCAUGCAUUAUGGUGGCCUGAAAGAAAUCUUUGGCUUACGAGAACAAGAAGUACCCUUGACCAAUAUGGUGUUGCAGCAGAUGCGCUUCUUCAUUUCACACCAAUGCAUAAAAUUUUACGAGUACAACUUCCAGAUAUGCGCUAUUUAGAUUUUCGAGUGGAUUUUUCAAUUAAAACUUUUAACGCCGUCAUGAACUUAUGUAAAGAAUUGGGAAUACGACAUGCAGAGGAGUUAUCUUUUUGCAAAGUUUUGGAACCAAAUCACUUAAAAUAUAAUUUAAAAGACUUACCAUUAAAAAAAAAAAUUGAAAAUCAGAAGAAUGGUUCAUGGCAAAUACCUGUAGAUACGAAUACAUUUAUACCAACAACACAAAAUCUAAAAGGAUCUAAUGGAAGUUUAGAGCAGAAUACUUUCAUGUGUGCUCCAGUAACGUCAAAUACCAAAAAUUACAGUACACCAAUUAGUUCUCCAGUUUCUCAAUCCAAUACGUUAAAGAAAAACCAUGCUUCAAGUUUUGGAAAUACAAAUAUAUUGAAUGACAAUAAUGUUUCGAAAAAUUCAGAAACAUUGAUUGGUGACAUGAAAGAAUCAUUAGCUCACAGUGCUUUAUCGGUAUCACCUGAUGUUCAUGCAAAGCUGAUAAGACCGAAGAAUCUAGUAGAGCGAGCAAGAAUAAAUGUUGCAUGGUUAGAUUCAUCGCUCUCAAUAAUGGAACAAGGCAUUCGAGAAUUUGAUACUUUAAAACUGAAAUUUAAGUUUUAUUCCUUUUACGACUUAAAUCCAAAAGUUGAUCUAGUCAGAAUUAAUAUGAUUUAUGAACAAGCAAAAUGGCAACUUCUUGCUGAAGAAAUUGAUUGUACAGAGGAAGAAAUGUUGAUGUUUGCUGCACUUCAGGUACAAAUAAAUCUCCAGGCAAGUGUGCCCCAGCCAAGUAGUGAUACUCAUGAUUUAUCGUCUCCAGCUGAAGAUGAUAUUGAUGCAGCGCUUACAGAUCUGCAAGUUACACUUGAAGGCAGUAGUAUUAAUAAUGAAAUCAAUGAUAUCACUCAAAUACCUGAGCUUUGUGAUUAUCUUCGUUUUUUUAGACCUAAACGAUUUACUUUAAAAGCAUUCAAACGUUAUUGGUUUAUGUGUCGUGAUCUUCAACUCCGUUUGUAUAAAAGUCGUGAAGAAGGCAACAGUUCAGAAGAACCAAUUUAUGUUAUUAAUUUACGAGGAUGUGAAGUUACACCGGAUGUUCAUCUUUCACAAGGUCGAUAUGGUAUCAGAUUGGAAGUUCCAAGUGCUGAUGGAAUGGCAGAAAUGUGGAUUAGAUGUGAUACGGACCAACAAUAUGCAAAAUGGUUAGCUGCUUGCAGAUUAGCAGCAAAAGGACGUUCAUUAGCAGAUUCUUCAUACGAAAGUGAAGUCAAUAACAUAGUAGCUUUUCUUCAGUUACAAAGACCUGCACCAGAACCUGCUAUUAAUCCAAGCUCUCUUGAUAUCAUACCGGAAGAUUACAUCGCUCCAAGAUAUAUCAAAAAACUUCGGGGUAAAUUAAUACAACGAAUUCUUGAAGCUCACGCCAAUGUCAAGGAUUUACCGUCGAUUGAAGCAAAGUUAAAUUAUAUUAAAGCUUGGCAAUCAUUACCAGAAUAUGGUAUCUCUCUUUUUAUUGUCAGAUUUACUGGAAAGAAUAAAGAUGAAUUACUUGGUAUUGCGAAUAAUAGGCUUAUGCGUAUGGACCUACAUAGUGGAGACCAUUUAAAAACAUGGAGAUAUAAUACUAUGAAGGCAUGGAAUGUUAACUGGGAAGUAAAACACAUGAUGGUACAGUUCGAGGAAGAAAAUAUUAUAUUUGAAUGUCAAUCAGCCGAUUGUAAGGUUGUUCAUGAAUUUAUAGGAGGUUACAUUUUCUUGUCAAUGCGUUCAAAAGAAGCUAAUCAAACAUUGAAUGAAGAAAUGUUUCAUAAAUUGACGGGUGGAUGGAUUUAAACAUAAAACAUUUGAUCAGUUAAAUGAAAUUUAAAAACUUGAUAAAUAACUUUUAUAUAUAUAUAUAUAUAUAUAAUUUAUAAUUUAUGGCACAUGUUUUACUUUAAAGUCCUAUUAAUAUUUGAGGUAAAUGUUGAUACAAUCUUUGAUAAAUUUAUAAGAGUUUAAUAAUUAUUAUAAAUGAUUGUAAUUUUUUAAUGAACUAAUUACUGACUGCCUCAUUUUUUUAAUAUUUUAAAAUUUAGUUCACUUUUAUGCUGACUACUAUUUAGCAACUAACUAAUUUUAUUAAAUAAAAGUUUUUAAUUGUAUUUAAUACUGUAA